CAAAAAGUGUGCAUGUGGUCGAUUGGACAGUCAUUUUUCUGACAUAUUUGGCUAAAUAAUUGCCUCAAAAUUAACGAUGAGUAGAGUAAGGUAUGAAGUAGACUACGGAGAUGAUGAUGGGGAUUAUUACCAGGAUGAUAGUCAUGGCUACGGAAUGCACACAGGUGAUCCGCAGCGUGACUUGGCCUAUGAGAGGCAACUUCCCAACACGGUCAGCUCCUACAUUCUGCCUGACGAGAUCAAGAAUUUCUUGAUGUUCUUCCAGCGGAGCAUCAAGGAGAACCAACUCUACGAUAUCAGCCAGUGCUACGAGAGAGAUUUCAACAAGCUGACUGAGAGGUUCUUCAAGAAUUCUUCCUGGCCGGAUGCAGAGAGCAUUCAGACGGUGGUCGGACAUGAUCCUGUGUUCAACAUCUUGUACAAGGAGCUGUACUAUCGUCACAUCUAUGCUAGAGUCACAUCGGGUCCAUCGCAGGAGCAGCGUUUUGAGUCUUACUACAACUAUUGCAACCUCUUCAACUUUAUCCUGAAUGCGGAUGGACCUGUGAGAUUGGAGUUGCCAGAUCAGUGGUUGUGGGACGUUAUUGAUGAGUUUAUUUACCAGUUCCAAGAAUUCAGCAAGUAUCGUAGCAAGCUGUCAGGAAAGGCGGACGAUGAAAUCACCAUCCUCAAGCAAAACCCAAAGAUCUGGAAUGUGCAUAGCGUGCUGAACGUUCUGCAUUCCCUGGUGGACAAGUCCAACAUCAACAAGCAACUAGAGGUCUACGCCAGCGCAGGUGAUCCAGACAGUGUCGCGGGAGACUUUGGUCGUCAUCCGUUAUACAAGAUGCUUGGCUACUUCAGUCUGAUCGGCCUGCUACGACUUCACUCUCUGCUGGGUGACUACUACCAGGCGAUCAAAGUCCUGGAAAACAUCGAACUCAACAAGCAAACUCUCUACUCGAGGGUGACAGCCUGCCAGGUCACCACCUAUUACUAUGUGGGCUUUGCCUACCUCAUGAUGCGGAGGUAUCAGGACGCCAUACGGAGCUUCACUAACAUCUUGCUGUACAUCCAGCGCACCAGCCGCAUGAUGCCACCGGGCUCCUACCAAGUGGAUUUGAUUAAGAAGAUCAAUGAGCAGAUCUACACGUUGCUGGGGAUCGCGCUGACCCUUCAUCCCAUGCGCAUUGAUGAGAGCGUCCACAUGCAACUGAAGGAGAAGAUGGGAGAUAAAUUGGCCAAGAUGCAGCGAGGUGAGAUGCAAGCCUUUGAGGAUGCCUUCAGUUUCUCCUGUCCUCGUUUCUUGUCUCCGGUGCCUCCCAACUACGAGGUCCUUCAGGGCAACUUCCAUCGCGAGCCUUUCUCACUUCAGAUGAAAGUCUUUCGUGAGGAGAUCCAGCAGCAGUUGGCUAUACCCACCAUCCGGAGUUUCUUGAAGCUCUACACCACUAUGCCGAUCUCCAAGCUGGCUGUGUUUCUGGAAAUGUCGGAGGAAGACUUCAGAACUCACCUGCUGUGCUUCAAGCAUAAGAUGAAGAACCUGGUGUGGACCAAGGGCACCAGUGGUUUGGCUGGGGAGUUUCAGUCAGCAUCCGAGGUUGACUUCUACAUCGAUCAGGACAUGAUUCACAUUGCUGACACCAAGGUGGCUCGUCGCUAUGGCGAUUUCUUCAUCCGCCAGAUCCAUAAAUUUGAUGAGUUUAACCGCUCUAUGAAGAAGCCCAUUGGACCCCUAUAGUGCGAACUCGAUGAAAGCUUGAUCAACAAAACUGACAUUGUUUAAAUGUCAUAGUUUCCCCACUCCUCCAAACAGUUUCAACUAAUCGAACACUGAAGUAUAUUUCAUUUCAACAAAAUUAUGUCAACUUUUACUAAUAUGGCUUUCUGUUCUCGAUGUCCAGAGUUUUAAAGAGAAUUGUGAAAGUUUUGUUUUAAAAUAUUCAAAAUUCAAAAUGUGUAUCAUGGAAAAGCCUUCACAGAAAUUCAUAAAAAUUUUAACAUUUUGAGCAAAUGUUUUGCAGUUUGCUUUGAAAUCUCGCUACACAUUUUUUUCACACUUUACACAUCAAAUUUAUCCAUAAAAUAGGGCUCAACUUGUGUACUUUAUUUUAUGGUAUGUUAAUACAGUUUAAAGGUGGAGUAGAUCGUUUGCAGCUAUCCAAAAAGUAACUGACCAAAUU